AUGGGCUAUCUCCUCUACUCGAUUCUCUUCGUCUCCGUUGUCUUCGUAUCAGCGCUCUACCUAACCCGAGCCCGCUGGACACCGUACCUCCCCACCCGCCUCCAAGAUGCCAUGUCGGCAUUCAGCUACACGCGAGUUCCAAACACAUUCAUGGGCGACGUCGAGUCGGGCUUCACGUCCGCCGACUUUGACCUGUCCACCAACGUCAUGGAAGGUGAUUCGCGCGGUGGCCUCGACCAAAAGGCCAAGCGGGAGAUCCAAAGACUCAUGAAGAUCCGGGGUAUUAAUUUCGACGAGGCAAGGCGUGUCUACAUGGAGCGGCGGUUCAAGAAGAAUGGAAUCGGCGAGGACGGAAUACCUCGGGAUCCGAAGUUUGUCUCGUUUUCGUGA